CUCUGGGGCACUCUUCAUUAAAAAUAUAUGGAAAAUAUAUAUAGAUACGUGGCAUUGUAUGUGUUUGAAUUUUGCGAAAUUAAUUUGUAGAAAAAAAUGUUAUGCUUCUAAUCGCUAUAAAUUCACAGUUUUAAUCUUUUCAUAAACUGUGCUGGAAGGAUAAACACACACACAUCGAGCUCUUUAAAUACCAUGUCUCUAUACCUAAUUAAAAUCUGAAUCUGAUCAUAAUGAGAGAAUUUGUGUCACAUUUAAGUAUAUUCUCAUUUCCUUUUCAAUUAGAGAACAAAGCUAAUAAUACAGCAGAUCGAUGACCCAGCUAACAAUUUAAUGUCUUAAUCUCAUUGAAGACAGAAAGCUGUCAUCUGGAGAAAUUUAUAGAACUGUUUGUCCGUAUGUAAAAAAAUUUGAUUUAUAUUUUGAAUUGCAUUUCGUUGACUUUUUGAAUCUUUCGUUGAUUUGAAAAAAGUGACACAGAUCCUCGCAUUUUUAGACCACGUAUUCAUAACCGGUGAUAUACCAAUGACAUAUAUUCUCGUAUAAAAUAUCUUCUAUAAUCUAUAAAAGCGCAAAAUUCAUCUUUACAUAGAAUAAUCUCCAAAUAGCUCGCGCGGCCGAGAAGCUGAGAACCGUGUCGAGAGUGUGUCAAAAAGUGGACUUGUCCCGCUUUUUUUUUUACGAUUCGCGGCAUCAAUUGAAUUCAAUUGGAGCCAAUCGCUCUCGUUGGAGAGCGUUCCGAAAUCACCGGCGCUCUCGGUUGCGCGCCGCAUACGAAAUCGUGGGAAGCGAUGAUCGACGAUGAAAUUUUCGCCGAAGAAAUUCUCUCGUCGAAGGAGUGAAGGCGUCCUGCGAGAGCGGGAGAAAGCGCGGUAGUCCCCGGGGCAGCUCGGGGUGUAUAUCCGUGUAUACCAGCCGAGCGCGUAGCUCUGCUGGCGACGGCGAGCGGUUGAAGUUCCGUGUAUCCACGAUCGGCGCUGGAUGCGCCGCCGCCGUCGCCACCGCCGUUGCGGAGUGCGGUAAGCGGUAAAGCGGUUGUGGCAAGGCAACCGCCGUCGCCGUUCACCGCGUACGCCGUCGCUUACGCGUCCGCCCAAAAGCCCAGCACACUGCACAGUGCGCACAGCGCGCCUCUGGGUUGUCUCUCUUGGUCGGCCGUUCGCCAUCAUGAAAACAUUCGCCCGUCGUUAUCGUUGUUUCGCCUCCGUCCUUGCGGACUAGCGCGGAUUGGAGGUAAUAUCGAGCGUCGGAGAAGUCUGGACGAUCCGCGCGCGCGAGCGAACCACGGCCACGUUCAUAGCGCGGAUUCCACCACGGCUCGUCCGUCGUCGUCGCCGCCGCCGCCGCCGUCGCCGCCGCCGUCACCACCACCGUCACCACCACCACCACCACGCACGGGAAGCACGGGAACGCGAAGCGAAGGCUGCCCUGUAAGCCCCGUUUCGUUGGUGAUUUCGCGUGCUGCGCGAAGUGCGCCGCGGGAGGAUUAUAAAACGAGGAAGAGAGAGAGAGCCAUCGCGACGUGGGAAAGAGACAGGCGAUUCUCUCCCGACAGUCCUAUUGUGAGCGGGGUGUCCGCGGAUCGCGAUAAGAGGAUACGGCUGCCGCCACUUAAAUGCCUCGCACAAAUUCCUACUCCAUGUUGUGCAUCGGUUGCGACACGGCUGCGUGUUGGAAAGUGAGUACAUGGUGACACACGGUUGCAGAGGAGCAAUUGGGAAGAGAGCCGCAGCAAAGGACUACACCUAGUUAUCCUACACCAAGCUGACUGCAACUUUCCACUGUUUCUCAAGGCAGUGAUCGCAACUAGGAUAUAAACAGAAGUUUCCUUGAUUUACGAAGAGUGUACACUAAUAAAAGACGAGAGUUAUGGAACGAGAGUCUAAUCCUAUGCAAGCUCUGUGUCGCAGUGGCUGUGGAUUUUAUGGCUCGCCAGCUACUGAUGGCCUUUGUUCCCUUUGCUAUAAGGAAAAUCUAAAAAAGAAGCAGCAACCACCAGUGUCAGCUGCCACCGUACCAACCUCACAGACUGUCUCCAGCAACGCUGGCACGUUGCAAAGCAGUUUUGGUAGCCCAGCAGCUACAGGAACGACAGCCCAACCUACCAUUCCUACUAUACCUCAGUCAACGUCGGAUCUACCCAGUCCCAAAGAAGUAAACAGAGAAGAUCAGGAAAGUGAAGUAGGUGUAAGCAGUGCAGUAGCUGAAGGUUCAUCGGCGAGUAGUGGCGAUGUAGAUGACUCCUUUGAUGGCAAAGAGACUGAUAAAGAAUCUAAGAAGAAGAAAAAUCGUUGUGCUGUAUGUCGUAAAAAAGUUGGUUUGACUGGAUUUGAGUGCCGUUGUGGAGGACUAUUCUGCGCCGUGCAUCGAUACAGUGACAAGCACGAUUGCAAAUUCGAUUACAAAGAAAUGGGCGCUCAAGAAAUUCGGCGCAACAAUCCAGUUGUUGUUGGUGAAAAAGUGCAAAAAAUUUGAACUAUUUAGUGUGUAGUCGUUGGGAAAAUGGUUAUUAUAACUAUAUAAACAAACAGAAUAUAAAAAAAAUACGCAGAAAACGAGAUAAAUUAUCUGGCAGCUGAUUCGCACGUCGAGGGGUGAAACGAGCGAGCGUGUAAGAUCGUGAGCGAGCGAGAGAAUGAAUGAGUGAGCGCGCAAGAGCGACAGUAAAAUUGUUUUGCAGCUGAAUGUCGAAGUAAAGUAGAAAAAUGAAGAAAAGAAACGAAUAUCAGACAGAACAAAUAAACGAAAGAUUGCAAAUUAGAAUGUGUGCGCGUGAAUGAUUGAUUCGUAAUUGGAUGCCAGUGCCAUGUAAGUUUCAGAUUGUCAUCUAGCGAGAGAAUUUUAAUUGAGAAUAUACCUGGUUACUAACUGCUGCCAGUUUACUACUAUUAUUAUCUAUUAUUAUCUUCAUGAUUAUUACGGUUUAUGAUUAUUCUAUAUUAUGUUUAUUAAUUUACUUAAAUGGAAAAUUCUGCGAAAAUAUGAAGCUCGUUUUACGUAAAGGCAGAACUCUUGGUGCGGUCAGUCGAUCCAGGAUGUCUUCUUAGGAGUUUUGGUUUGUUCGAGAAAUUUUAUACAUUACUGUUUCGUUUAUAUAUAUCAAAAAGUAAAAAAUAGGGAAUGUUGCUUAGGUAAUGGCUGACGUUGAUGGGUGAUCACAAUCUUAGGUUAAUAAUUAGUCUAAUAAUUAUUAAGUAUAUUAGUCUAUUGAUUCAUAAAUAAUGCAAUGAAGUAUAAGUAGUACUGUGUGUUUAUGUCCAAUUUCACGUGAAUAUAACCAGCAAUUAUUACUCAUUAAAUAUGUUUCAACCUAUAUUGCAAAUAAUUAUUUACACUACGGCCGCCAAUCUGGGAUUUGUAAAUUAAACCCCUCUUUAACGUAUUUCUUCGAUUUCUCUUAGAACAUAAAUGAAUUGUUAAUGGUUGAAGUCGAUUAGUUUAUAUUCGUUUUCUUUAUUUUUGCUUGUUUUACGAGUUUUGUAGGGUAGCUGCGCGAGGUAUUCCGGUGCUGCACAGCAGCGCAUAAUGUAAGAAUAAAUGAUUAAUAAAAUGUCUAGAGAGGCCGGGCAUUAUAUGAACGACGAAAGAAGAGAACUAUUAAAGUUUGUAAAGUGUGAACGUAUACUAAAACCGUGCGCGAAGGAUAUUACACUGAUAAAUUUUAUAAUUCACGUACAUAUUUCUAUUUUUCUUCUCCGCGUUUAAUACUCGUGCCGAAUUUUACUUUUCAUUUUUCGCCCGUAAAUAUUUAUACAUGUUUGUAAAGUUAUAGCAUACACGAAGAAGUGCUAUAGCUAUCCAGCUUUAUCAUAUUCCUGUAAAACAAGAUGAGUGAAGACGAUAAAACUGCGCAAACUACGCCUCACGUAUAGGUCAAUUCUUUAAGAGCUUCAUGAGUUGAGUUUGGAUCUUUAACGAAAAGAAUAUU